UUCUACUUUUUUUUUUCUUUUCUUUUUUUUUUUUUUUGCGUGCCUUGCAGUACGUGCCUGGAUAGUUUGUGGAUAUAAUUAUUGACUGGAAUCUGGGCUGUUGCAGUUGUAUGUGGCGGGGGGGGGAAGAGAGGGAUAGAGGAGAAAAGAAAGAGGUCCCCCCCCCUUCGCCGACCCUCCCUGAUCCCCCUCCCCACAUUUUUUUCCCCUUUGGUGGUGGUUCGGACAUUUCAUGUAUUGAAUGAACUGGAAUUGUUUUCGGUGUGAGGAGGAUGAUUGCUGUUACUUUGUGAUGAGAUCGGGAAUGAAUCGCUCGGUUUAAAAAUGCUGCUUUGGAUUCUGUUGCUGGAGACGUCUCUUUGUUUUGCUGCUGGAAACGUUACAGGGGACGUUUGCAAAGAGAAGAUCUGUGCCUGCAACGAGAUAGAAGGGGAUUUGCACGUAGACUGUGAGAAAAAGGGAUUUACCAGCCUGCAACAUUUCACCGCCCCAACUUCCCAGUUUUACCAUUUAUUCCUGCAUGGAAAUUCCCUGACUCGACUUUUCCCUAAUGAGUUUGCUAACUUUUACAAUGCAGUCAGUUUGCACAUGGAAAACAACGGUUUGCAUGAGAUUGUUCCUGGGGCUUUCCUUGGGCUGCAGCUGGUGAAACGCUUGCACAUAAACAACAACAAGAUCAAAUCGUUCAGGAAGCAGACUUUCCUGGGGCUGGACGAUCUGGAGUAUCUCCAGGCAGAUUUUAAUCUAUUGCGGGAUAUUGACCCGGGAGCAUUUAGGGACUUAAACAAGCUAGAGGUGCUGAUUUUAAAUGACAAUCUCAUCAGCACCUUGCCCCCCAACGUGUUUCAGUAUGUGCCGAUCACCCACCUCGACCUCCGGGGAAACCGUCUUAAAACCUUGCCUUACGAGGAGGUCCUGGAGCAGAUCCCAGGCAUUGCUGAAAUCCUGCUAGAGGAUAACCCCUGGGACUGCACUUGCGAUCUGCUAUCGUUGAAGGAAUGGCUGGAAAACAUACCCAAAAACGCUUUGAUCGGCAGAGUGAUUUGUGAGGCUCCCACUAGGUUGCAGGGCAAAGAUUUAAAUGAGACCACAGAGCAAGAGCUAUGCAAAAAGAACAGAGUGGAUUCUAGUCUAGCUGCUCCCCCUGCCGAAGAAGAAACCUGCGAUCCUGGUCCCAUUCCAACCCCUUUUAAAAUACAUGGCAAAGAAGACCCUGCCACACCAGGAUCUGGUCCAAACGGAGGUACAAAGAUUCCCGUCAACUGGCAAAUCAAGACCAGACCUACUGCUGCCGUGUCGACAGUUAGUGUGAAGAGCAAACUACCGGCUACCAUGCCUUGUCCUCAGAUCUGCAGCUGCGAUCAGAUCCCUGGCGCGGGUUUAAAGGUUAAUUGCAACGACAGGAAUGUGAGCAGCUUGGUGGAUUUGAAACCCAAGCCGCCCAAUGUGCAGGAGCUGUUUCUGAGGGACAAUAAAAUACAUACCAUCAGGAAAUCCCACUUUCUGGAUUAUCGGAAACUUAAUUUGCUGGAUCUGGGCAACAACAACAUAGCCACCGUCGAGAACAACACCUUCAAGAACCUCUUUGAUCUCCGAUGGCUCUACAUGGAUAGCAACUACUUAGACACCCUAUCCCGGGAGAAAUUCUCUGGGCUGCAAAACCUGGAGUAUCUGAAUGUAGAGUUUAAUGGCAUCCAGCUGAUCAUGCCUGGCACCUUCAAUGCGAUGCCCAAACUGAGGGUCCUCAUCCUCAACAACAACCUGCUGAGGUCUCUCCCAGUCGACGUGUUUGCUGGAGUCUCGCUUUCCAAGCUGAGCAUACACAAUAAUUAUUUCAUGUACCUCCCCGUGGCGGGAGUGCUGGACCAGCUCACCUCCAUCACCCAGAUCGACCUGCACGGCAACCCGUGGGACUGUACUUGCCCUAUCGUGCCUUUCAAACAGUGGGCAGAGAUGCUGCGCCCCAAGGUGAUCAUGAGCGACCUGAGGUGUGAGUCCCCGGAAGAUUUCUUCAGGGAGGAUUUCGAGUCUCUCUCCAAUGACGUGAUUUGCCCGCAGCUAAAAGUUUCGCCCACGUUAACUUCCACUAACAAAAACAGCACUGGGUUGGCAGAGACAGGUACUCACUCCAACUCCUACCUGGAGACCAGCAGGGUCUCCAUUUCGGUGCUGGUGCCAGGGCUCCUGCUGGUUUUUGUGACCUCUGCCUUCACGGUGGUCGGCAUGCUGGUGUUCAUCCUGAGGAACAGAAAGCGCUCCAAGAGGAGGGACGCCAACUCCUCCGCCUCGGAAAUCAACUCCCUGCAGACGGUCUGCGACUCGUCCUACUGGCACAACGGGCCCUACAGCACCGACGGAGCCCACCGG